AUGGCAAGUGUCAUUGCUCCGGCCGAAGCCCCGCAGCUCCACAAACCAGCUGUGGACCUGACAGCGCUGUCUCCUGCACUCACCUACACUCUGCCCCCUCCGCUCUGCACACAAACACAGUCCCAAACACACCGCAUGGCCCCAGGUGUAGCGCCCCUCGCAUGUCACAACUGCAGAAAUCAGGGCCCGGUGGUGGUGGUGGUGGUAGUGGUGGACGGCGAGGAAGUGUGCGAAGGUCUGUGUGUUUGCGUCUCUUGUCUCGGCCGGUUCCUAGAGGGCGAGGGUGAGAAAAACAAGUGA